AACAAUGAGGAUAUAAUAUACGCCGUGGAAAAUUUCAUGGCUGUAUUGGUCAGUAUUGGUCGCGUUGCAUCAGCAAGUGCAAUGUUCAUCUAUUUUCGGGCAUUUCACAGCGGUGACUAUCGUCUCAUCGAUUAGUGAUUUAUCUCUCGUAAAAUGGCCGAGCCAGAGCAGAGAAAUAAAGAGAAUUGUACCGGAGGAACAAAAGAAACGAUGGUGAAGCAAGAAAAGCGUGAGAACACGUUGACGAAUGGCGGGAAGGGAUCUGGCGAUGACGCGGACAGCCUCGAAGAGUUGCCUCUCGAUAUAGGCGAACACUAUCUCGUUCGCAGAUCCGAUGAUUCUUGGCAUCCUGCUGAGAUUAUACAAACACGAUAUAAUGAAAGUGAAAGCCACUAUGAAUAUUAUGUACAUUAUGAAGGACACAACAGAAGAUUGGAUGAAUGGGUGCCAAGGGAUAGAAUCAUGUCCAGCAGAUUUGACAUGAGCGACAGAAGCUGGAAGAGUGGUGACAGAACCUCUAGUACUGACUUAUUGGCAGAUUCUUCAGAUCGUAAAAUCACAAGAAACCAGAAAAGGAGACACGAUGAAAUUAAUCAUAUACAAAAGACAUAUGCAGAAAUGGAUCCCACAACAGCAGCCUUAGAGAAGGAACACGAAGCAAUAACAAAAGUCAAAUACAUAGACAAAAUUCAAAUUGGAAAGUAUGAGAUUGAUACUUGGUACUUUAGUCCAUAUCCAGAAGAAUAUGGCAAACAGCCUAAACUGUGGAUUUGUGAGUACUGUUUGAAGUAUAUGCGUCUAGAAAAGACUUACAGGUAUCACAUGAGUGAAUGCACUCACAGACAACCAGUUGGAAAAGAAAUAUAUCGUAAAGGUACAUUAAGCAUUUGGGAGGUUGAUGGCAGGGAACAUAAGAUAUAUUGUCAAAACUUGUGUCUAUUGGCAAAAUUAUUCUUGGAUCAUAAGACUCUCUAUUUCGAUGUAGAACCAUUCCUCUUUUACAUUCUGUGCGAAGUUGAUAAGCAUGGUGCUCAUUUGGUUGGCUACUUCUCAAAGGAGAAAGAGUCGCCCGAUGGCAACAACGUCGCUUGCAUUUUAACUUUGCCACCGUUUCAAAGACAAGGAUAUGGGAAACUUCUAAUUGCUUUCAGCUACGAGCUGAGCAGAAUAGAGCAGACAGUUGGCAGUCCAGAGAAACCAUUGAGUGAUUUAGGAAAGCUAUCGUACAGAAGCUACUGGAGCUGGAUUCUUUUAGAAAUCCUCAGAGACUUCCGAGGCACCCUCAGUAUCAAAGAUUUAAGCCAGAUGACGAGUAUUUCACAGACGGAUAUCAUCUCAACGCUACAAAGUAUGAACAUGGUGAAGUACUGGAAGGGACAGCAUGUGAUCUGUGUGACACCAAAACUAGUCGAGGAACACAUUAAAAGUAGUCAAUACAAAAGACCACGGUUGACAGUAGACAGUAGCGCCCUUAGAUGGGGUGCGCCACCUAGAAAGAACGUGAAGCCUGGCAAGAAAUAAUGGAUAGUAGACGGAAAAUCGAUGGUCUUCUGUCACCGUGAGAUUCACGAUUUAAUAUGUUUAACGAACACUUAG